CUCAGGGGAUACGAUAGGGCGUUGACUAGAAGUGGGAGGAGAAGCAAUGAAAGGGGAGUGAGAAGCGCGGGAGCGAGUGCUUUGCUUGAGGCGAAGUUGGAUAAGUUGAUAGGUGUUAUGCUUGAAGAUAAGAGGCAAGGAAAAAGGCCGGUGAUGUCGUGCGACUGGUGCUCGAGCACUAGCCAUGAGAUGGCGGAUUGUCAAGCAAUGAAGGAGGCAACCGCCCCAGAGGAACAAGUCAACUUCAUGGCAAAUGCUAGGGCUAACAACCCGUAUGGCAAUACUUAUAACCCCGGAUGAAGGAACCACCUAAAUAUUGCUUGGGCAUCACUUCCAAUCUCGUCGGGAAAACUUCAUCCAACAAAGGCCCUAACUCCAAGGCUCAAACUUUCAACAAGGAAGUCGCCACUAAUGAAGUGAUGGAGAAGGAAGAUACCAACAAGGAAGAGGCCAACCCGAAGAAGGGAGAGAGGAGGCCCUCGAGGAAUGAGAGGAAGGCGGCAAAGAAGGCAUCGCCGGUGGGGGAGUACACGCCACCUCUUCCUUAUCCCACAAGGAUGUACAAGGAGAGGUUGGAGAACGAGUGUAGAGGUUUCAUGGAAAUGCUACGCAACCUCCGCCUCAACAUCCCUUUCCUUGAAGUCAUGGCUCAAAUGCCAAGAGAUGCCAAAUACCUCAAGGGAUUCCUCGAGAAGAAGCCAAAGCUUGAAAGCCUCGCCAACGUGACUCUUGGCGAGGAGUAUUCGGCUUACCUUCUCAACCGCUUGCCCAAAAAGCGGUCCGACCCACACUACAACAAAUUCAGCCUAUUAGGACAAAAAUUUUAUUUUGUCAUUUUCUGUUUGUCACAAUAGGUACAUUGAUAUGACAAAAAUAAUAUAUGUCAUGGCAUUCCUAAUGUGAAAAAAAAAUUGUUGUCAGAAUAAGUCGUCAUUUAAAGUGAGUAAUGUGACAAAUGUUUCGUGUCACAAUUAAUUUUAUCAAAAUUGGUGUACCAUAUCGGGAUGUAAGAGACUCAACAGUGACAAAUUUCUUGUUGUCGGAAUAGUUCGUCAUUGAAAGUCAGUAAUGUGACAAAUAUUUUGUGUCACAAAUAAGUUUGUCAAAAUAGGCAUCCCAUAUCGGGAUGUAAGAGACACAAAAGUGACAAAUUAUAUCAUCAGAGUAGCUUUUGUCAUAUUAUGUAUUCUUGAAUUAUUUAAAUGAGAAAAUAUUUUUUUCACAAUAGAUAGCAAUAAUCUCACGGCGAGAUGACAAAAGGGCAUGUUCGUCAUAAUAUAGUGGUUUCGGCUUUGACAAAAGACAUGUUUGUCAUAAUAUAAUGGUUUCGUUUUUGAUAAAGUGGCAUUGUCGUCAGAUUUGCUCAUGUUAAACUGAAACCCCGUGACCCUUGAUUGUUAUAUGACACCCUGAUUAGCUUCCCGUGAUUUUAUCUAUGGGUGGGAAAGGAAAUUCAAAUUGCCGCUCUCCAUAAAAACUUAUGACUAUUGAAAUUUUUUAAGUGCCCAACAGCCCGCCCUUUAAUUUUUGGAAUUUGCUUUUAUUUUUCUUUCAUUCAAAAUAUAAAAACCACAAACAAGUCAAAUUCUCUUCCGACGGUCGCCUCCUAGUCUCCUCCUCCGCCGAUAAAACACUCCGUACCUACUCCCUCUCCCCGUCCAACCCUCCUUCCUCCCCACUCACCCACGUCCACGACUUCAACGACCACCAGUAGGGCAUCUCCUAUGUCGCCAUCUCCUCCGACUCCCGCUUCCUUAUCUCCGCCUCCGACGAUAAAACCCUCCGCCUCUAGGAAGUCACCACGGCUCCAUCACCUCACUCACCGGCCACACCAAUUACGUCCUCUGUACCAUUUUCAAUCCUCAGAGCAACGUGAUCAUUCGACAAAACAGUAAGGAUUUGGGACGUCAAGAGUGGCAAGUGCUUGAAGGUCCUCCUUGCCCACUCCAAUCUCGUCACCUCCGUCGAUUUCAAUUGGGACGACUCCCUCGUUGUUUCUAGAAGCUACGAUGGGUUGUGCCGGAUUUAGGAUUCCGGGACCGGGCAUCGUAUGAAGACUUUGAUUGAUGAUGAGAACUCUCCCGGUUCGUUUGUUAGGUUUUUCGCCCAACUGCAAGUUCGUACUUGUCGGAACCCUUGAUAAUACUUUGGUGAGUUACUAACCAUUUCUUCUGUACCUACUCUUUUAAUUUUUUGUCUAGUCAUGUCUUAUUGGUGCGAAUUUUUUGGGAGUCACUGUGUCCUUCAUGCGGCUGAAGGGAGAAUGUUCUGGUUGUGCUGGUUUAUUAUACAAGGGCCUCUUGUAAUUUUAGAUGUGGAUAUGCAAUUGACUUUGGUUAUGGUUCUAGGAUCAUUAAGGCUGCUUCUAACUGGAAGACAGUGAAAAAGCUGGACUUGCUACAAAGCUGUAUUGGUGGACUGCCCUUGAAUAACUGAUUUGAUUUCCUUUUCUUGGGUUGUUUAUGGAUCUAAAAACAUAAUCUGGACGAAUAGCAAACCCUGGUGAUAUUUGAUACCCUUCAGACUAAAGGAAAAGCAGCAUUUCAACUGGAAUAGUGUGAUAGUCCUGCGAAGCUUUUCAAGGAUUCGGUAAGGGGUAUGAGGCUCUACUUCUAAUUGUGAUAAGUACUUCAAGGUACAAAUGUUCUGUUGUAACAUCUGUAUGAAGACUCAGUUGUUCUGUCUUUACCCUCCCACGCUAAAAAAGUUGCUCUCAGCAUGCAUAUAUAUAACAGCCUGGUGUAGUUAAAGUUUCUUUUGGAUAGGCAAAUGCAAAUUGUGUCCAUUGUUUACUCGGUAUGUAUAGUUAUGGGGUCAUUUUGCUGUCAUUCCUACUGUUCCCCUCUUAUGCCUUUCAAGGUCCAAUCAUCCUUAUAUGUAAGGAACGUUUACUGCAGAACUAUGAUGGGAUUUAUUGUAACCCAUAAUACUCUCCUAACUUUUUUGCACCCGCGGCAUAUCAUGAAAACCACUCACUCAGAGACUAAAGCUUAGCUUAGGAAUGCAUGAAUAGAUGCAAAGUGCUCAUAGAAAUUUAUAGGGUUAGGUCCAUAGCUUCACAGAAAUUAAUGACAAGCUCCACUACCUUUUGAAGCAUAUGAAAUUUUCAACUUUAUUGUCUGUAGCUUAACUUGCUUCUGGAGCUGAUAAACUUAAACAUCUAACUCUCUGAUUUAUUAUACAGGUGGUGUAUGUGAGCAGCCUGCGUCAGUUUAUAAGAGAGCUAGAUCAUAGCUUUCUAAAUUGCAUGAUACCGUUAGGUUCACGUGAUUGUUCUCUCUGCCUCUAAGAAAAAUUUGUUUUCUUUCUUGAAGAUUUAGCUUUCUAAAUUGCAUGAUAUCGUUAGGUUCACGUGAUUGUUCUCUCUGCCUCUAAGAAAAAUUUGUUUUCUUUCUUGAAGAUUUGUUUUUCUCUGUUUGUUCAAUUGUGGGCUGAAUCAUCUGUUUUGUUGUCAUAGUUGUGGCAAAAGCAACAUUUGUGGGUUUAUCAGUGGCUUUAAAAAGAACAUGAAUGUUGGAACUAGAGGCAGAUAAGCUCACUGGUAAUUUGGUUUUAGGUAAUUGUCAGUAAAUACAUUUUCCUUAAUAGUCUUUUAUGGGUUCGAUCUUACCAUUUCUUUUAGUUGAUUAAUUUGUUCAAUUUCUUAGGUAAAACAGUGGCCAGAGGUUGUUAUCAAAUGUUGUCUAGCAUCUUGAUUCAUUUUCAAGAGAUUCAACCUUUCCUUUGUUAUAUCUCUCUCCUUCUAUUCUUAAUUUGCCUAUGUCUCUCCCAUGUGAGUCUCUUUUCUCCUUUUCACUAGUCCUUUAUUUGGUUACAUUAUCCGAGUUCAUCAUCCAAGUUAGAGUUAUCCUCCUUUGUCACAGCUCAGCCAGCCGGAUCAGCACCAAACGAGAGUAUGAAAGCAUGUGUUUUUGAGAAAGGUUGUGUUGUCUUUUUCCAUUUGGGAGUGAUCUGCUAUUUCUAGGUCAUAGUUCCUUUUGGAAAGUUUCGAUAUGGAUUUUACUUUUGGGGAACUAUCUUAUGUAAUGAGUGUUGGCUUUCAGUUGAAUCUCAUUUAAGCCUUUGCAUUUCUGCUAGGGAACUAUCAUAUGUAUUGUGUUUCAUCCUGCUGAACGAACAAUUCUGUCAAAGUAAGCAAAUCAUGACAAAAUUAAUGACAUAAUAUGUUGACAUAACAUCUCUGUUUGUCACAUUACAUACAUUGUUUGACAAACAUAGCUCUUGUCAUAUUAGACAUGAGACAAAUAAGGCAUCUUUCCUGACCAAUAUAUCUGUCAUAAUAUGCAGGUAUAACAAAAUAAUGUCGCCACAAUAAACACUUGUGACAAAAUGUAGUUGUCACAAUAUACAGUUAUGACAAUAGAAUCGUGUAAUAUGACGAAUGAUUCUCCCAAAAUCACUAGAUUAUGGCAAUCGUAAUGACAAAAUAUGUUGUCAUAAUAUAUCUGUUUGUCACAAUAGACUACCCAGAACAUCAGCUAUAAUAAAAGCAAAUGUCACAA